AAUUAAACAGAGCUUAAAAAUUUAUCUGAUAUUAUGUAACUGAGUUCUCCCAUGGAUGAUGAGCUCUUGCUCUCCAAGGAAACAAGAGAUGAUGAUGAUGAUGAUGAAAUUAGCAAAGCUCCCCUGCUGAGAAGACCCACUUCUUCAUUUGCCCAUUGUAUCAAUUCAGAUCAAGUUAUCAUUCCAAUUGUUUCUCCAUCUUCAACUCACAACACAACCAAUCCACCUUCUUUCUACAACCUCAUAGCUGAGUUAAGCAUAGAUAGAAGACCAGCACAUCGUUCACACAGCGCCCCCUGCUUAUUCACAGACACAAGGGAGGUUCCUUCAGCUUCUUCCAUUGAUCCUAACCCCACUCUGCAAUCAACCCCUUGGGUAGUUCGACAAGCCUUCAUCGGUGUCUUCUUGUAUAUAUUAGUUGGUGUUGUGAUCUAUGUAGUAAGAAGUGGAAGUUUUGGUGGUCAUAAGACCUUUAAACCUAUAGAUGGAUUGUAUUUCUCUGUGGUGACUCUUUGCACAAUUGGGUAUGGUGAUAUAGUACCCGAUACAGAAUUUACGAAGUUUUUUACUUGUUUGUUCAUUCUAGUUGGUUUUGGAUUCAUUGAUAUAUUGCUAAAUGGAUUAGUAACAUAUGUGUUGGAUCAGCAAGAGUCAGUGAUGUUGAGUGCAGUGGAUGAGAAUAGAUUUAAUGAAAUGUUUCAAGCUUAUGUGAUUGACAGAGUUAAGGGAAGAAUGAGGAUAAGGAUGAAGGUGGGAUUGGCAUUAGGUGUUGUUAUUGUUUGUAUUGCAGUGGGGACGGUAAUGGUGCAUUUACUAGAGGGAUUGGAUUGGACUGAUAGUUUCUAUUUAUCGGUAGCUUCAGUGACGACGGUGGGGUAUGGAGAUUACGCAUUCAAGACUUUGAAGGGUAGGUGUUUUGCUAUCAUUUGGCUCUUGGUAAGUACAUUGGCUGUUGCAAGGGCUUUCCUCUAUUUAACUGAGUUAAGGAUUGACAAGAGAAAUCGAAAGAUCGCGAAAUGGGUUCUUCAGAAGAAGAUGACUCUGGGUGAUCUAGUGGCUGCUGACCUCGACAAUGAUGGUUCUAUAAGUUACAGAAUUUCUGAACUCUUGAGACCGAUGAUUUUCUGAUAUUUUAUUGGGCUGGUUCUGGUUGUUCUUCUGAUUAAAAAAUCCUGCAGUUGAGACUUGGUUAGUUCUUCCUAUCCUAGUCUACAUUAGUUGAUUUUUGAUGACUUGAUGCGACUUAAUGUUGAUUUUUGAUGAUCUGAUGUGGCUUAAUAAUGAUGUUUUUUAUGACUUGAUGUGACUUAAUAUUGUUUUUUGAUGAUAUAAGGUACAUGUAGCAUACUAAAUAAUAUUAGAAAAGGGGAAAUAAAAAAUAACACUCCUCCAUGGUUCAACCAAUCUCCUUUAUCCGUCUCUUUUUCUAGGUGACUGCUAUGUUUUUGGUUGUACUUGCUUUCUUCAUCAUUUACAACCACAUGUUGAUAAACUAUCUCCCUGGGCUGUCAAGUGUGUCUUUCUUGUUUACUCUCGGACCCAGAAAAGUUAUCAAUGUUAUAAUAUGGUUGUACAAUGGCAAUUUAUUAGUAUUGAUGUUACAUUUUUUGAAAUCACUCUGUGUUUUCUGCUAAGAUUCAUACUUUCGAUGCUGAAAUGGUUCCUUGUGUGGAUUCUUCGACUACUUCCCAACCAGCACCACUACAAGUGUAUCUGCGGCAUUCUAAAACAUUACAACCUACUAUAGUUUCUCCUUCUCUACCACCUAUCCUUUGCUUGGAGCCCCUAUGCAUUCCUCCUCUACCAUUGACUUACCAAUGGCUUUUCACAAAGGUACUCGCUCUUGUACUGAAAAUUUCAUGGGUGCUUGGCCUAAGCACUUAGGCACCCCUCCACUGCCUUGGGUUGCUUGGCGCCUUGACAUAUAUGAUUGGGAGUUCUGGCCAAGCCAAUCAGGUCACAAAAUCCUGACGAUCUUGGAUUGAUUCUGUACUUUAUGGCUGUUCUUCAAUCUUCACUGUAUGAAGGUCUUUAAGGCUUCAAGUAGGCUUGAUUUGAUCACUCAAUCACUCAAUAAACAAAGCUAAAAAGGAAAAUAAAGAAAGGGAAAAGGGUGAGAAGAGAUUGUAGAAGAAAGGGGGUAAGGGAAUGGCUAUCUCAUCUUGGGCCUCUCAUCCUCAACUUUCACAGUUGAUGAACAAACCUAUCUCAGGUCUAGGAGUAAGCAUUGCUCACAAAUAAACUUCAUUAUUUCUUGUCUAAGCAUAGAAAUCGAUUCUGGCCUUUAUAUAGGUUCCAAGCUGAUUACAAAUAGGAAACUACUAAAUUAGAAAACUUCUUGAAAAUAGAAACUAAGACUUAAGUGAUUACUCCUUCCUAAACCAAACUACUUUUUAGCUAAGAAAACAUGUAAAUAGAAACUAAUAUUAGACUAAUAUCUUCUAACAAUUACAAUAAAACUAACUUGCUUCUUAAGAAAAAAAACCAAACAAGAAAACAAAUCCUAGGACUUAAUCUUCCUGAAAUCGAUGGACAGAACUGAGCACUUCUGAAGUAUUCUUCCUUCCAAAUCUGAUGGGACAGCUUUAUGCUUCUAGAAGGAUCAUAUGGGGCACCAGUACUGUUCACGUGAAGAGUGUUCAUGAGUACCGUUCACAUGAACAGUAAUUCCUGUUCACUCUCUUCUUCCUCAUGCUUUGAUGUAGAUCAAAGCAUAUAAAGGGGAGACCCUCAUUACGAUUUGAAAAGGGAUUGAAUUAGUUAUUUGAAAGAGAUUGUUCUCUCUCUCUCCCCUCCCAAUGAUCUCUAUUCUCCUCUCUUCUUCCCCCCCCCCCAGCAAUUGUC